AUGAACGAAGCAAUCAAAAUUUUUGUAAGAAUGAGACCUCCUCUCUAAAAUGAAGAUGAAGAAGCAUGGAAGAUCUAAAAAGAAUCAAACACUAUUAUAUCACUACCUAGAGAUCCUUAAACAACUAGAAGAUAUGCUGAUGCUUUCUAUAAUUACCAAUUCACUUUUGGUAUAAAUCUUUGUUUAAUAUAGACAAGAUCUUUUCAAAUGAGGAUAAGAAUGAAGAUAUUUAUAAACAUUGCAAAUAACUUUUGAAUUAUACUCUAUAAGGAUUCAAUUCAAGUCUAUUUCUUUAUGGAUAAACUACUUCUGGUAAAACUUACACUAUGCUUGGAGAUUAAGAAAACCCAGGAUUAUUACCAUAUACAUUACUUGACUUAUUUAAGGAAUGUUAAUUACCUAUUGCUAUUAGUUAUAUUGAAAUAUAUAAUGAAUAGGUUUAAAUUAAUAUAUAAUUUAUAGAUUAAUGAUCUUUUAUAAUAAGGUGCCACAAACCUAAAAAUGUAGGACAUAAAUGGAUAAGCCUUUGUUAAUUAAUUAAGAAUUUAAUAAGUAGAGAAUUUUGAUGAUGCUUUGUCUUUGUUAUGUGAUGGAGAAGAAUAACGUAUGUAUAGAGAAAGAUAAAUUCAUGAACAUUCUUCUAGAUCACAUACAAUAUUUCAAAUAUUAGUAUAACAUGAAUCACACACUUCAACUUUAAGUCUAAUAGAUUUAGCUGGUAGUGAAAGAUUAAAUGAAGAAGAUGCUUCAGAUGAAACAGCAUAUAUCAAUAAAAGUUUAUUUGUUUUAAGUAAUGUUAUAAAUAAGUUGGCUGAAGGAAAAAAAUCACAUAUUCCUUAUAGGGAUUCAAAACUCACUAGAUAUUUAUAAAAUUCUUUAGGUGGUAAUUCAUAUACAACUAUUAUUUGUACUUUAUCUCCUGCUUCAAUGAAUUUUUAUUAAACUCUAUCAACAUUAAGAUUUGCAUAAAGAGCAAAAAAGGUUGAAAAUAAAAUAUAUAAAUAAGAAUCUUUAAGUAAAUCUGGUUUAAUAGAGGCAUUAUAAAAGGAAUUGAAUGAUAUAAAAGUAGAAAGAGAUUAAUUAAAAAUAUAAUUGUAACAAUAAUAAUCAAAUAACAACUUUGAUUAAAUAAUAGAUGUUUUUAUAUAAUACAUUGCUUUAUAAGUACAUGAUAAAUAAAAAUUUAUUGAAGAUACAAAUAUUUUAAAAGAUGUUUAUAAUCAAUAACAUAAAUAAUUAAUUCAAUCUUUAUAUAAUUAGAUUAUGUAAAUAUGUUAAGAUUGUAAUUUACCUAAAGGAUUAAAUAAUCCUAUGAGUAAUUAAACAUAAAAAGUAUUUGUAUAAUAAUUCAAAGAAUUAAUUAAUAAAUAAUUAUAAGAAGAAUCAAUUUUUAAUAAUGUCUAUGUUUAAUCAAUAUUAAAUCCAUAAUCAGAUUUUCAAUCAUAUUAAACUUAAUAAUUAAUGCCAAUUUUAGAAUCUGCAUUUUAAGAAGCUAUGAAUGCUUUAUAAAAUAAAUUAAAUGAAAUAACAUCAGUUGUUUAAAAUAUAGGUGAAUUAUCAUAUUAAAAUUAAAAAAUUUUUGAUGAUAAAAGUUUAAAAAAGUAUUUUGAAAUAGUAAAUAAUGAAUAUAAUUGGAUGAAAUAAUGUAAAUUAUAAUUAAAUGAACAAUUUAAUAAGAAAACUUAAGUAUUAUAAUAAGCAUUUAAUAAUGUUUCAAAAAAUCUUAAUGAUUCUCGUUUAAAUUCUUAAAAUAAUAAUAAUAAAUAAUAAUAAUAAUAAUUAUAAAAUAUUACUAAUAUAAUUAAUCCUAAUAUAAGAUAAUCUACAAAUACACCUAAAUUUACAGAAAGAGAUAAAACAGCAUUAUUUGUUUGGGGAUCUGGUAAAGAUGGUAGACUUGGUACUGGUUCAUUAGCUAGUUAACCAAUACCAUAUAAAGUAUAAAUUUAAAAUCUAUAAUAUAUUUCAUGUGGAUAUUAUCAUUCUGCUGCAAUUAAUAUUGAAUAAUAAUUAUUUAUUUGGGGUAAAAAUUAUGAUUUAACACCUUAAAAAUAACCUUAAUUUAAUAAUAUUAUUUAAGUAGCAUGUGGAUGUCAACAUACAUUAAUUUUAGAUUCAUUAGGAUAAGUAUUUUCUUGGGGUAUUGGAGAUGAAGGAUAAUUAGGAAAUGAAUCAUACUUUAAUUCUGAUGAACCUGUCAAAAUAUUAGAUAAUAUCAUAUAUAUAGAGGCAAGUAGAUCUCAUUCUGCAGCAAUAAAUAAAGAUAAUUUAUUUUAUAGUUGGGGUUCUAAUAUAGAUUAUAGACUUGGAUUAGAAGAGAAAAAAAACUACAAUAUUCCUACUAGUACAGGAAUAUAAGUAAAUAAAAUAUCAUUAGGAACAAAUCAUUCAGCAUUUAUUAGAUAAGAUGGUAUAGUAUUUACAACAGGAAAUGGAUAAUAAGGAUAAUUAGGAAAUAAGAUUAAUUCUGAAUGUUACUUAAAUUUAUAAUUAGAUAUAAAAGCUGUUGAUGUAAUAUGUGGAGAGGAUAUCACAUUAUUUAUUAAUAAUAAUGGUGAUGUUUUUAGUUGUGGAAAGAAAAGUAAUGGAAAUUUAGGACAUUUAAUGUCUUCAAUUCCAGCAUUUUUAUAAUAACCAAAAUAAAUAGAAGGAUUAUAAAAAAUUAAAUAGAUAAGUGUUGGUAAAAGACAUUGUUUAGCAAUAUCUUCUAAUAAAUAAGUUUGGGGAUGGGGAUUUAACUUUUUUGAUUAAUUAGGUUUAGGAGAUAAAAAUAGAUUCAUAGAAUAGUAAAUAAUUAUUUUAUAUAUAAAAAUAGGCCAAUUAAACUUGAUCUUUAAGAUGUAAUUUAAGUAUCUUGUGGAGAGUACCAUUCUUUGGCUUUAUGUUAAAAUUGA